AAAAAAAAAAAAAAAAAAAAAAACUCUCUUCCUUGUAGCUCAAGAGAAUAGUGAUCUUUGAAGAAAUGGGGUUUUGUUAUCUGUGAAGAAAAUCAAAUAUGCCAACAGUUUGGGUGUCCUUGAAGAAAUCUUUGUACUGCAAAUCAGACCCAUCAGAAGUCCAUGACCCAAAAACCAGGAAGAAUUUGGGUUCAAUUUUGACAAGAAAAACAGGGGGAGGAGGAAGAUCAGGCUGUUCAAGGUCCAUAGCGAAUCUCAAAGAUGUCAUCCAUGGCGGCACCAGCAAGAGGCAUUUCGACAAGCCCCCAAGUUGCAGUCCAAGAUCCAUUGGCAGCAGCGACUUUCUCAACCCAAUAACCCACCAAGUCAUUCUCAACAACUCAAGAUGCGAGCUCAAAAUCACCGGUUUCCAUACCGGUUUCCCCCAAGAUGUGCCUGCCGCCGAUCCUCACGCCGGUGCUAACACCGCUUCCACCUUCGUCGGCACUCUUACACCAGGCACGCCCGGCCCUGGUGGCUACCCAUUGAGGCCUUCUUCAAGAAAGUUCCCAUUAAGAGACGGAUUCGGAAGCUCUCAUAAAUCUGGCGGCGGCGCUGGCGGCGGCGGAGUGAGGAACAGAGUCUCUUUGAAAACAGAGGAUAUUGGGAAUGGGUCUUGUUCGACGGUUACUUGCCAUAAAUGUGGCGAGCAGUUCAACAAAUGGGAUUCUGCUGAAGCACAUCAUCUUUCAAAUCAUGCUGUAACAGAGCUUGUGGAAGGAGAUUCAUCAAGGAAAAUCGUGGAGAUAAUAUGCAGAACAAGCUGGUUAAAAUCAGAGAAUCAAAGUGGUAGAAUAGAAAGAGUGGUGAAAGUCCACAAUAUGCAACGAACACUAGCCCGAUUCGAGGAGUAUCGUGAGACAGUCAAAAUGAAAGCCAGCAAGCUCCCAAAGAAGCACCCACGGUGCAUUGCAGACGGGAACGAGCUGCUGCGAUUCUACGGCACGACUGUCGCGUGCUCGCUUGGCCUCAAUGGCUCCUCCAGCCUCUGCAUAUCGGAGAAAUGCUGCGUGUGCAGAAUCAUACGUAAUGGGUUCUCAGCAAAGACAGAGAUGAAAGAAGGGAUAGGCGUGUUCACAACUUCUACGAGCGCAAGAGCAUUCAACUCGAUCGAGAUGUCGGGACGGGACGAGGCGAUAACGAGGAAGGCGAUGAUUGUAUGCAGGGUGAUUGCAGGGAGAGUUCAUAGGCCAUUGGAGAACAUACAAGAAAUGGCUGGACAAACGGGGUUUGAUUCAUUGGCGGGGAAAGUUGGGUUGCAUUCAAAUAUAGAAGAGCUUUAUUUGUUGAAUCCUAGAGCUUUGCUUCCAUGUUUUGUGGUAAUUUGCAAAGCAUGAGGCAAAUUAUUGUGGGAAUUUUAGUAGAAAAUUCAAAAUUCAAAAUGAUGUGAGGAGAGGAGGGCGUUUCAGGUGUGUCCGUGUCAGUGUCUGUGUCAUAUUGUUGGUGGCGGAAGCAUAUUUGAGGCUGUCUUUGUUGCAUGUCACCGUCCAGAACAGCCUAUAGGUUUGGUCCAAAAGGGCUAUAUGCGAGAACCCCACGGUCCCUUUCUCUCUCAAUUCAAAAUGCUAAUUGUUUAAGUACACCUAAUGUUUUACCGUUUUAAAACACGUAUGGUGAGAGUUUU